GUGCUAGAAAAAACCAAAAAAUUGAAAAAAAGAAGUAAAGAAAAAAUUAUUAUCAAUGAACGCAUUAAUUACCCCCAAAUAAGAUUAAUAGAUGUUUCAGGGAAUCUAUUAGGAAUAUAUUCUUCGACUGAGGCUCUCAAUAUAGCUAUAAAAGAGGGACUUGAUUUAGUUGUAAUUAGUGAUAAAUCAAAUCCUCCUGUUUGUAAAAUAGUUGAUUAUGGUAAAUACAAAUUCAUUCAAGAAAAAAAAGCAAAAGAAGCACGUAGAAAGCAACAUCAAGCUACUAUUAAAGAAGUAAAAAUGCGUUACAAAAUAGAAGAACAUGAUUAUAGAGUUCGUAUUAACCAAGCCUUACGUUUUUUACAAUCAGGAGACAAAGUAAAAGCAACUGUAACUUUUAGAGGAAGAGAAAUUCAACAUACUAAUUUAGCAAUUGAACUUUUACAAAAGAUGGCAAAUGAUUUAAAAGAAUUGGCUGAAGUGCAACAACUACCUUCCAGAGAUGGAAGAUACAUGAUUAUGAUUCUAUCGCCUAAAAAAAUAAGAAGCCUUUAA